UUGCCUGCGGUCUAGUUUCAACCUUUCGUUAAUCAUCAACCAUGGGGAUCGACUGGGUAUCUCUCUUUUUCUGCUAUUUCUCCGGAAUUCUGCUAUCCAGGGACUUCAUAGUAAUGCCAGGAAGGAAGAAGAAGGCUCACGAGGCGAGACUGAGAAGAAAAGGCUUCAUACCUGUCAGACUUAAGGUGAAGAAAAAGAUCGCUGUGCCCAAAGCAACCAGAAUGGCGUCGAUUUCCCAGUUGGAGUCGCUAGAAGAGGCGCAGCCGGGAAGUCUGGACGAGUUUCCGUUCCUGUCGGACCCCAAAACGAUGGAGUACAUCGAGGGGUCGCGUACAAUGUUCAUUAUGAGAGGGUUGCCCGGCAGUGGAAAGUCCUCUCUGGCCAAACAGAUCGCAGAUGCUUACGGCAACACUGUGGUCUGCUCUGCAGAUGACUUUCGCUACGUGGACGGGGUCUACGUCUUUGACAGAAAUAAGCUUCAGGAGAGUCAUGAGAAGUGCCGUGAGCUGGCACGGUUGUCUGCAGACAGCAGCAUCAACGUCCUCAUCGUGGACAACACGAACAUCCGCGUCUGGGAGUUCAAGUACUACCUGGAGAUCGCCAGGCGGAAACAGUACACGGUCGUUCUCGUAGAGCCGCGUACUCCCUGGAAAUGGGACGUUCACGAACUCGCCAAAAAGAAUGGUCACGAUGUGCCGGGACGGAAAAUCCGGGAGAUGGCGGGGCGGUUUGAGAUCGCAGUCCCGCUGUACUUCGGCUGGUUUCUGAAUGGCGAUGACUCUGCGAGGGUUUUGACUGUUGGAGAGCAGGUGUUGAAGCAGCUCAGCGAAGUCCGUGAGUUUGCAGAGGAGUUCAAGUGCUACAGUGAAUCAGGAACUGGCUCCCUUGAUCUGACCAAGUACUUCACUCGAGAGGCGUUCACCGGCAACAAGAACUCCAUCCACUGCACUGCCAUGUUCACCAAGUACGGAAAAGUCCCCGGUUCCGAGGCCUACACCACGUCUGAGAUGGUGGUGAAUUCCUGCGGGCAGGUCUUCAGGAUAGAGAUCGUCGGUUUCCUCAUCACCCCACGGACCUUUGGGGCACGGGUGCGGCUUACCGCGUAUCAAAAAAAACUCUGGGGUCAGGACGAUUAUGAAACAGUGAAUCACGGAACGCCUGUCAGAGGGGUGCGUUCCCGGAACAUCUCGGGUGACUCUGAGAGCUGGGAUGGAGGGUUACCUUCCUCCCCAAGUCUGUCCAACAGGUUUGCUACGCUGGGUAUCGAGGAAGAGAUUUUUGACGAAGGUUCUGCCGACAAUCUUGCCAACACUGCCACAGAACAUGAAUCUGAGGAUACUGAACGUGAUUAUAAGUUCUGUCCAACGUGGGGGUUUGGGAGACGCGCCCACAUAACCCUGGGGUGUGCUGCAGGAAUCCCCCCUGUACAGACUGGACUUGACCUCAUAGAGGUCAUUUCAACAGAGGCUAUGACCUCUGACCUCUCAGGUGUAGAAAGCACCCAUGAGAGUGCGGCCUCUGACCUUGAGAGCGUGACCUCUGAACUGUCUCUGAUCUCUGACCCUGGGAGCUUCUCAAUCAAAAAGGGCGAGGCCCGUUGCUAUGGAGACGGAAGAUGGGUGGUGUACCUCGACAAGUCAAUUCAUGUGGAUGCAAUGUUUUCAGGCUUCUAUUGAGCAGAUGUUUUAUUCUGUAUGAUAAACUUGUUUGAAAGAAUCUGUUUCAAGGUUCAAGAGAUUUCAGUUAUCAGCUGAAUGAUAACUACCGGUAUUCAUAACCUAUUCUCCAUGAUCACUUUUAACCCCUCUCCCUUCUAGUACAUGUAAUAUGUUCCAAAGUUAACAUUACAUAAAAUACAAUUUCCUCUUUUAGUAUGUGCUUGUGGCUCUGCUUGUCCUCUUGGCAAAUGCAAUUGCUUAGUCAGGAAAAGUCGAGAGUUCUCCUCCAACUGUGUAACUAAUCAGAUUUCACAUACCAUCUACCUGUAAUUAACUUCAUAAUGAGGUAGGAAAUACAAUGUUCUUGUAACAAGCCAAACCUAGAAGAAUUGUUAAGGACUCGACUAAAAAAAGUGAUUGGAAGUUGAUCAUAUUGAGAUGUUAAGCCAAUGGGAACUAAGGAGUGUGGCAGCUAGGGGUUUUCCAUGCAUUUGUUAUAAAAUUUGCCAUGCCAGAUUUGCUAUGUACAUGUAGGAAACUAGAGAAAUUAUACUAACCCAGAUAUAUAUUUACUAUUAUAUCUAAUCAUGUAUAGAACUUAUUGUAGCCGCAGGAUACUUUUGUACUGUGAAAGCAGGAAAACCUAGAAGUAGAAUAGCAAGUCAGUUCUGAGGAAAUUGUUCUUGGUUGUCGGAUUUUUGCAGGGCAAUAAUGGAAAGGGUUGGCAAAAUGUCAAUUGAAAAUAAACAGGCAACCCAAUGCUACCACAAGAGCCACAAACUCAACACACCUGGCUUGUCAACUUUCAGACAAUGAAUUUUCCAACUUUUAAUGAAUUGACAAAUGCAAAAAUUGUACAUGUACCAAAUACAAAGACAAAGACUCCCUGCAACUAUUGGUGCCAAAGCAUGAGGAUAUGAUGUUGAUUCAUACCCUGAAUGGUGCAUUGUGAUGUUACUUAAAAUAGCGUUUUUGACAAAAAAAAGUGGGAAAUCUGAGAACCAAGAAAUUAAAUAGCCUUAGUGAACAUUUACAGCUUUACAACUAACAGGAAUGACUUUUGAUGUACUAAUAGUACUGACAUCUUUUUGUGGUGAUGUAUCAAAUUUCUUAUCUAAAACCUGUAGUCUGAUUUUAGAUCCAUUCCCUUCAUCAUCUUCAAUUCAACUCAAACUCCCCCUCUCCAUCUGUGUUUCACCAAUUCUUUCCUAAUUUUAUCAUUCCAUACGUGAUGUUCUACUACAUUUGUAUUAAAUUUCACCCAUGACAAUCAUUAGAUUCAUGAGUAUUCAUAUUUAUGUUGCCAUUUGCUGCUUUCAUUGUUACCAUGUAUUGAUGUACUAUAUGCACAAUCGCUGUUAUUCUAUUUGGCAAUAGAGCCGCAAAGAAAAAUGUAACAAGGAGAAUGUAACUAUAGCAAUGCAGUUACAACUGAUUGCUUCUCAAGUAUAAUUUUUGGGUUAUUGUAUAUAAUUUUACUUUGUAUGUAUAUCAAGCUCUUUAUACAUGUAUAUGGACAUUGUGAAUUCUUUCACAGUUGCACAUAUGAGAUUUGUAAGUUUUGCCAUUUAAAGAUUUUUUGAGAUCCUAUGCUGUGUGUACAGCAUAUAUUGCUAUUUGUGACUUAAGAUUUUAUGUUAUGGUGUGGUGUUCCUUUCAUUGGCAUUUGGACAGUAUUGCUAUUUCAGUGUGCAUGGUGAUUUAUGAAGUAGAGUACUGUAAAUGCAUUUAAGUUUUCAGGGAUUUAAUUUUGCGGUAGCGGGAAAAGGAACUGUUCGCGGUGGUUUUAAGUUCGUGGUAGCACCAUGUUAACUUUAUUAUGAGAUGAAUAUGUCAAAAAUCAAGUAAGUAGAUAUUUUAUGAAGACAUAUUUUGCUCAAAUUUUCCUUAAUGUUGUGAACGGUUGUCAAAGCAGAAAAUAUUUUUACUUGUUUUUCGAGUGGCUGCUAACUACUCAGGUCUUAAUAGGUUAUUAGUUUGCUUAAGGGUUUAUGAAGAUGGUUUACGCAAUCAGAUUUAUAAUUUGGUUGUCGAGAAAAGCUUAAAAAUUGUUCAAAGCCUUCAAAAUAGCUAAAAUACUGUGCACUUGUUUGCAAUGGUUUUUGUGAGAGGUUUGUGAAAAUACUGAUGGGAUUGAGCCAGAGGAAUUUGAGCCUUACGGUUGCCAAAGUUGAUGUUUUGCUUGUUCACUGUUGAAUAAAUUUACAACUCCUCCAUACUGUUUUCAUGAA